AUGCAAACGGCUUCUUUGGUCUCUAGCGGGAAGAAGUCUAAAAACGGAAUAACAAAAAAAGAGCAUCAACAUGUACAGCAACUACACCAGCGAGUCAAUUUAUCACAAAUUAAAAAGUUGAUUGAUAGACAUUUGGAUGAUCGGAAAUCGCUCUAUUGGAAUACUUUCAUUAAAUACCUUCAAGCUAAAUUAUCAAAAACAGAAUGGGAUCACUUUGUGAAAAUAACUUUUGGAUAUGAAUUUAUUGCACUCCAUAAUUAUUUUAUUAAGAGUUUAUUAUUCAACGCUAGAGUUUCUACAAUCCAUCAAUUGCAUUCCACAGGAGGAAUUGAUCAAUAUAACAGGACCAGAACUACGGGACUGAAUCACAUGAUGAUGCUCAUGAAAAAGGAAUCGUUGAAUGACCCCUAUCCUGUUUCUAUUCACCGAUCAAUUGUUGCACCACCCUUCGAUGCCUCUCGUAAAAUUAAUUUAUUGUCUCAUUCCAUAUCUAGCUCAACAUCGUCACAGUACUCCUCACAAACUGCCACACAAUACGAAAAACAACAUUUUUCGCUGUCUAGGGAUUUCAUUGAACGAAAAAUGAAUAAGAUUGCCAAUGAUAUGGGAUUGCUUAAUGGAGUUGAUGGAGACUCUGUUAAUUUAUUGCUCAUAUCUGCAGAGUCUUAUUUGAAAUAUUUCAUUUCAAAAUGUUUACAAUAUAAAAGCUCACAAAGCUGCUACAACAUUAGAAACAAUCAGACAACCAUCACGGAUGAUGAGCAAGCAGAAGAAAAAGGUGAAAAUGGAAGCCAGACGGCCACAACAUCAGAACGAGCAUUCAUCAAACCAGAGCCUGGGUCCUAUCUUGUGCAAGAUGGCAAAUAUAUUCACAGCUAUCGGCAUUACACUGAUGAGUUGACGUAUCUGACCAACCACAAUGAAGAGGAGAUGACGCGAGAAGAUAUCGACAAGUUUGUCAUUACACCUAAAGACUUGCUGAUGACCAUUCAAGCAUGUCCCAAUCUAACGGAUAACAUGAGUAUCAAGGAAAAGAUAUUGGACAUGGAUUGGGAUAUGUACAAUUGA